UCCUCAUAAUGUCGGUUGUGAUAGUCAAAUAAUUACUCAUCCCCAAAUUUUAGCAGCUUCAGGGCAUUUGAAAAAUUUUCAUGACUGGUUGGUAGAAUGCCGCCAGUGUCGCAAAAGAUACCGCCUUGAUAAUUUAAUUAGCACCGAGCAGUUUUCGGCCUUCUUGUCCCAAAAGGAUAAAAAUAAUUAUCAA